AUGGCUGCUGCAGCGUGCAAGUGUUUAAACCGGGGUCAGUGUGACGACAAGGGUAAAUGCACCUGCCCGGAGGGAGUCAGGGGGAACCAUUGCCAAUACGUUGUGUGCACACAUCCCUGGGUGAAAAAGAACAAAGUAUGCGAAUGUCAAACCAGACUAGAUGGACCUUACUGCAGGGAAGUAUGCAAUUGCUUGAAUCACGGUCAGUGUACUGAAGAUGGCACCUGCAACUGCCGGAAAGGAUUCCACGGAGACAAGUGUCAGCAUACUUUCCAAACGAACUGCCUGGGUACAGACAAGGCAGUGUACACCUGGACGGCUCUCGCCAGCUUGCCUUGUUAUCCACAACUCGACGAGGCCAGCUGCCAGAAGAAGGCGAACUAUACGAACGCCCACUAUAUGUGCAGGAGAAGAGGCUACAACUUGGUUGACUUUCAUGCCUUCACCAUCCUAACGCUUGGAGUGCGCUACUGCAUGGAAGCAUUGCUCAACGAGAUGAUAGCGAGCAGUUACAGCAGCCCUAUCACAAUAUGGACAUCGUACAAGAGGAAAGGCCAGUAUACCAUUUACAAGCAGGGCAAGAACGACUUAAGAGAAGAAUUACAUGAUAGUCAUGGAACAAGCCAUCAUGAUGUCAUCUGCGAAGCCAAGUGGGUCCACAUCAACGACUCAGUAUACGCCGCUGCAACAACAGCAAUCACAACCAUUAUCACUGAGCAGUUUGCAGAGGAGGCAUGUCAGCAGUACGGACUUCACCUCAUAACCGAGGACUGGCUGCAAACACAUCACAGUGUAUUAUUUCGAGAGCCCUGGCUAAAGAAGUUGGCUAUUCUUCAUAAGCCUCGGAACGCACCUUUCCAUGUGAAACCAAUCCGGGUGAACGGCCGCUCCCUUUACAGAACCGUAAAAUUUAGACAGCCAAAAAGUCUGAUUUAUCAAAACACCACAAGCACUACGCGAGCCCUAAUCCUCUGUGUCAAGUUCUGUGAGAGCGGUGUUCUUGCGCCAAACCUGACUUGUAUGUGUAACCAUACCACAUCGUACGGAGAAUAUUGUGAAAAGGCGUGCAAGUGUUUGAACCAGGGUCAGUGUGACGACAAGGGUAAAUGCACCUGCCCGGAGGGAGUCAGGGGGAACCAUUGCCAAUACGUUGUGUGCACACAUCCCUGGGUGAAAAAGAACAAAGUAUGCGAAUGUCAAACCAGACUAGAUGGACCUUACUGCAGGGAAGUAUGCAAUUGCUUGAAUCACGGUCAGUGUACUGAAGAUGGCACCUGCAACUGCCGGAAAGGAUUCCACGGAGACAAGUGUCAGCAUACUUUCCAAACGAACUGCCUGGGUACAGACAAGGCAGUGUACACCUGGACGGCUCUCGCCAGCUUGCCUUGUUAUCCACAACUCGACGAGGCCAGCUGCCAGAAGAAGGCGAACUAUACGAACGCCCACUAUAUGUGCAGGAGAAGAGGCUACAACUUGGUUGACUUUCAUGCCUUCACCAUCCUAACGCUUGGAGUGCGCUACUGCAUGGAAGCAUUGCUCAACGAGAUGAUAGCGAGCAGUUACAGCAGCCCUAUCACAAUAUGGACAUCGUACAAGAGGAAAGGCCAGUAUACCAUUUACAAGCAGGGCAAGAACGACUUAAGAGAAGAAUUACAUGAUAGACAUGGAACAAGCCAUCAUGAUGUCAUCUGCGAAGCCAAGUGGGUCCACAUCAACGACUCAGUAUACGCCGCUGCAACAACAGCAAUCACAACCAUUAUCACUGAGCAGUUUGCAGAGGAGGCAUGUCAGCAGUACGGACUUCACCUCAUAACCGAGGACUGGCUGCAAACACAUCACAGUGUAUUAUUUCGAGAGCCCUGGCUAAAGAAGUUGGCUAUUCUUCAUAAGCCUCGGAACGCACCUUUCCACGUGAAACCAAUCCGGGUGAACGGCCGCUCCCUUUACAGAACCGUAAAAUUUAGACAGCCAAAAAGUCUGAUUUAUCAAAACACCACAAGCACUACGCGAGCCCUAAUCCUCUGUGUCAAGUUCUGUGAGAGCGGUGUUCUUGCGCCAAACCUGACUUGUAUGUGUAACCGUACCACAUCGUACGGAGAAUAUUGUGAAAAGGCGUGCAAGUGUUUGAACCAGGGUCAGUGUGACGACAAGGGUAAAUGCACCUGCCCGGAAGGAGUCAGGGGGAACCAUUGCCAAUACGUUGUGUGCACACAUCCCUGGGUGAAAAAGAACAAAGUUCAAGACAUUAUUGAUGACCUACUUGACCCUGACGAUGCUCUGCCAGAGGAGCAGAGGACCCCGAAUGAUAACGAGUACCUGAAAUGUAAGCGAAUUUUGGACGCGCAUUUCGCAGCCCCAGCAAACCCUACCUACGAAAGGCAUGUGUUUCGCCAGCUGGUUCCGCAAGCAGAAGAGAGUACGGCGCAUUUCUGCAGCCGUUUGCGGCAGCAGGCUAGAUUAUGUUCCUUUGAGAACACUCGCCAGACCAAUGAGGCAGUCCGAGACCAAAUCGUAGCAACGGUGAGGAAUGUUGACUUGAAGAAAAAAUUAUUGUCUGAGCCGUCGUUGUCAGUCGAUCGAGCAUUGGAGCUCUGUCGCGUCUGGGAGGAUGCACAGUCACAGUCUCAGAUGAUGACUAGUCGUGCUGUUUCUGCUGGAGCUGGAGCAUCGGAGUCCGCGAGUGAUCAUGCUGUCAGUGCAGUUACGUACAGGAGAGGCCAGCACCAGGGCAAGGCCAGGGGCCAAGGCAGACACCACCCAGCUGCUGGUACACGUGUCAGUUGUUACAGCUGCGGUCGCAAGGGACACAAAUCCGGAGAUGCUUCAUGUCCAGCUAAGGGACAGGCAUGCAGGAAGUGUGGCAAGACAGGUCAUUUCGCUAAGUGCUGCAAGUCAGGAUCAGCGUCGCAGACUGCCGCCCAUCAUGUGCGCGAAGUCACGGACUACGAGGUGUCUGAUAGUUUUCGUGUUGGCCAAGUGUCAGCUGGGAAGCCAACAUCGAACAUGCUAAUCACCACAGUGCAGAUCAACGGUACUCCAUUGGAUUUGGAGGUGGACACCGGAUCCAUGUACACUUUGGUGCCGCAAGACGUAUGGGAGCAACAUUGGACACAUGUUGCCCUGCGUGAAUGUUCUGUGCGACUGAAGACCUACAAUGGUUCAGUCCUGCCGAUUGUUGGCGAAGCAGAUGUUGAUGUACGCUACAGAAAACGACAUCGACACGGACUCAUUCCCAAGGCCAUGACUUGGCAAAGCUAUCCGUGUGACUUCGACGACAUUUUGAGAAAAGUAGACGCUUGUGAACGCUGA